AUGAGAUACUCCAGCAGCAUUCUUAUUGCAGCUUUCGCUGCCACCAACGUCGCCGCCCAUGGUGUCAUUACCGCUGUGACUGGUGCGAACGGUGUAACUAUGCCCGGCCUAUCAGUCGCUGAUGGAACUCCCCGUGAUUGUGCCAGCCCGCGCUGCGGAUCUGAGGCCGAUACAUCCAUCAUCCGCCAGAACGAGAUAGGCACCAACAGGGCCUCAGCCCUUGGCCGAACUCAGGGCGACGGUCCCGUUGACGCUGCCAAGAUGAUGGCCGUCUUCAUGGAUGCCCAGGGCGGGAACACCACCGCCGCCGCCGCGGCUCGCGACCUCCACGCUGCCAACAUGGCCCGCUACGCGAAGCUUGCCGUUCGUGCCGGCAACGGCGGAACCAAGACCCCCAAGGGCACCACCGAGACUGGUGUUAAGGCUGCUACCGGUCAGGGCGCGGCCCAGGGCAUCCCCACAACUGCCGACGACGGCACGAUCACCAUGACCUUUCACCAGGUUAACCAGGAUGGGGCUGGGCCUCUCACGGCGGCGAUUGAUGCCACCUCAGGCGGAACUGACCCCAGCGCCUUUAAGCAGGCCGAGGUUACCCAAAACGUUCCCGGCCUUGGCUUUGGCGGUCUCUCCGGCGCCUCUGUGAUGGACUUCCCUGUGGCUGUACAGAUGCCUGCUGGUAUGACAUGUCAGGGUCAGGUUGGAGGCGCUAGCAACGUCUGCGUUGCCCGCCUGCAGAACUCGGCUUUGGCUGGACCUUUCGGCGGAUCCGCUGCCUUCACCCAGAGUCCCGCGGCCAAGAAGCGCGCCAUCGAGUACAACCUGGCCAAGAAGCGCUUCGCUCGCGGAUUCGAGCAGAGUCAGUAA